GCCGGUGGUUCCAUUUUUUAUUUUAUUUUAUUCUGAUGAUGGCCAAAACACGGUGACCAUUUUUGUAGAAAUAUUGCCAAUGGAUAUCUUUCCUUUCAUCAUCUUUUACUCACUAAUCUCAUUCUCCGUCUUACAAUUCUCCACUGCAGCUGAUACUUUAACUUCGUAUCAAUCAAUCGCCAAUGGUGAGAGUUUAGUAUCCUCAGGCCAACGCUUCGAACUGGGCUUCUUUUCUCCCAGUGGUUCCAAGAACCUCCUGUUCUUGGGAAUAUGGUACUACAAAAUUUCUCCACAAACUGUGGUGUGGGUAGCAAACAGGGAAAACCCAAUUACAGAUUCAUAUGGAAAUUUAACUAUCAGCAACGAAGGAAAUCUCGUGCUAUUCAAUGCCACAAAGGAUGUCAUCUGGUACUCAAAUUCUUCAACAACUGUGCAAAGUUCAUCCGUUGCACAGCUACUAAAUUCUGGAAACCUAGUCCUCAAAAAGAAGAGUACUGAUGCUGAUACAGAAAGUAGCUACAUAUGGCAAAGCUUUGAUUUCCCAUCAGACACACUUUUACCUGGCAUGAAGCACGGAUGGAACUUAAAGACAGGCCUAAAUAGAUACUUGACAUCGUGGAGAGAUGCCGCUGACCCAUCACCUGGAGACUUCACUUAUGGAGUUGAAAUUACUGGGAUUCCUCAGUUUGUUCUUCGGAAGGGAUCAUCAGAGAAGACGUUCCGCACUGGGCCAUGGAAUGGAGUUCGAUUUAGUGGUAUUGGUUGGGGGUCAACCACGGUUUUCAAACACAGUUUUAUAUUCAAUGCAGAUGAAGUGUAUUAUAUUGACGAGUCUAGCCAUAUUUCAAGACUUACGCUGAAUCAAACUGGUAUUCUUCAACGCUUCAUCCUGAAUGAAGGGAGCUCUGAAUGGGCUCUUAUGAAUAUAGUACAGAAUGAUCCUUGUGAUGGUUAUGGACGCUGUGGUGCUAACGGUAUUUGCAGAAUUAACAAUAGGCCAAUAUGUGAGUGCUUGGAGGGGUUCAUUCCAAAAUCACAGGAAGAAUGGGAUCAGCUUGAUUGGUCCAGCGGAUGCGUGAGGAGGACAUCACUGGAUUGCCACAACGGGGAUGGAUUUGUGAAACUCAAAAAUGUGAAAUUGCCUGACCUGUUAGAGUUUUGGCUGAAGGAGAGUCUGAACCUUAAGGAGUGCAAGGCAGAGUGCUUGAAGAAUUGUUCUUGUACAGCUUAUGGUAAUUCAGAUAUCAGGGGAGGAGGCAGUGGCUGUUUGAUGUGGUUUGACAAUUUAGUUGAUAUUCGUGAUUUCAAUUUCAAAGAGAGCGAGCAAGAUAUGUACAUACGGAUGCCAGCUUCGGAACUCAACCAUGAUCAGAAGAAGAAGACACUGGUGCUUAUCGCAAUGGUAUCAACAGUUUCUGGGAUGGUUGUCCUCAGCUUGUUAACUUGGUGUAUAAUUAAGAAGAGGAGAAAGGAAACAGGUAUAGAAACGAAGAAUGAAGAUUGGGAGUUACCAUUUUUUGAUCUGUUCACUAUUGCAAAUGCCACUAUGAACUUCUCUUCCACAAAUAUGCUUGGAGAGGGUGGUUUUGGUCCUGUUUAUAAGGGUAAGCUAGCAACGGGACAAGAAAUAGCAGUCAAGAGACUUUUGAAUAAUUCCGGACAAGGUGUACAUGAGUUCAAAAAUGAAGUUACUUUGAUUUCCAAACUUCAACACCGGAAUCUUGUUAGGUUGCUGGGCUGUUGCAUUGAAGGAGUAGAGAGGAUGCUAAUAUAUGAGUUCAUGCCGAACAAAAGCUUGGACUAUUUCAUUUUUGAUCAAAAUGGAAGACAAGAACUUCCAUGGCAAAAGCGAUUUGAAAUUGUUUUGGGCAUAUCAAGGGGACUUCUCUACCUUCACCAGGACUCAAGAUUAAGAAUCAUUCAUAGGGAUCUUAAAGCCAGCAACAUUUUACUUGAUGAUGAACUCAAUCCCAAAAUUUCAGACUUUGGUAUAGCAAGAAGUUUUGGGAGAGAUCAAAUUGAAGCCAAAACAAAGCGAGUAAUUGGGACACAUGGUUACAUGUCGCCCGAGUAUGCCAUGGAUGGAAAGUUUUCAGUAAAAUCUGAUAUCUUUAGUUUUGGUGUGCUUUUACUGGAGAUAGUGUGUGGCAAGAAGAAUUGGAAAUUUCAUCAUCCUGAUCACCAUCAUUCGCUUUUGGGACAUGCUUGGAUGCUGUGGAAUGAACACAGAGCUAUGGAAUUAGUGGAUCCAUGUUUGGAAAUUUCUUACAUUGAAUCUCAAGUACUAAAAUGCAUUCAAGUGGGUCUACUAUGUGUUCAGAAACUGUCAAAAGAUAGACCAAUCAUGUCAUCGAUUGUUCUCAUGUUAGGUAAUGAGGGGGUGACAUUGCCUCAACCCAAGCAGCCUGGUUUCUUUGUAGAAAGAUGUUCCAUUGAUGCAGAGACAUCGACAGGUGAGAAUUGUCAUACUAGAAAUGAAUUGACAACAACAAUUAUGGAAGCCAGAUAAAAGUUUUACCUAUUGCGUGCAACAUGUUGUAGUGAUGGAGUUGAUACAUAUAAAAAAGUUGAUAGUUCAAGACAGGAAAAUAAAUGAAUUAAUAGUUGUAAUAUAUAUAUGGAUGAAAAUAAAUAAAUUAAUAGUUGUAAUAUAUAUAUAUGGAUGAUUUUGUUUUUUAAAUCACAUUCUUCUGAAAUGUUAGCUUUGACUGCUAUUCAUAAGAAUUGGAUAAUGAGAAGUGGGUGGGGUUGAUAUA